AUGGUCUCUACAACUCUCCAAUCCGCUGCAAACACACUGCGUGGCAAGCAAAUUACAAAGCCAAUCAUCUCAUUCAUCGGUGGUGGCAACAUGGCCGAAGCUAUUCUCUGUGGUCUCCAAUCAAGCGGUCAUCCCAGCAAGCAUUUGCGUUAUUCUGAGCCCUUUGAGCAACGUCGACAAUACAUGCAAUCUAAAUAUCCUGAUAUGAUCGGCUCUGAUAAUAAUCAAGAAAUCGUUGACGGUGCAAAUGUUGUUAUUUUGGCCGUAAAGCCUCAGGUCCUUCGCUCGGUAGUGAGUGAUCUCAAAUUAAAAGCGGAUACAUUGAUUGUGUCGAUUGCUGCUGGCAUCACUACUGCUGAUAUUUAUAAAUGGAUGAAUACCACUGAUCCUGCUGCUAUUGUGAGAUGCAUGCCAAAUACACCUGCACUGGUCGGUGAAGGUGCUGUUGGGUUAUUUGCUACUGACGCUGUCAAUGAGGAUCAAAGAAACAUGACUGAAGAAAUUAUGAAGGCUGUAGCCAAGCAAGUAUCCUGGGUGGAAGAUGAAUCACUGAUUGAUACUGUUACGGGCAUCAGUGGCAGUGGACCAGCCUAUUUCUUCUUGAUUAUGGAAGCCAUGCAAAACGCUGGUAUUGAAGCAGGUUUAUCAUCCGAAGAUGCCAAGGCAUUGACACUGCAGACCUGCAUUGGUGCUGCCCGCAUGGCUCUUACAUCAGAAGACGAUCUGGCUACACUACGUCGCAAAGUAACUUCUCCCAAGGGAACCACUGAAGCAGCCAUCAACUCGAUGGAGUCCAACAACAUUAGAAAGCUUAUGGCCGAUGCAGUGUUCUCAGCACAAGAUCGUGGCAGAGAAUUAGCAGAGCAAUUAGGCAAAGAACUUUAA